GGCUUCAGCUUGGCCCUGGCGCAGGUUUUGCAGGCUUUUGAGGAGAUCCCUUUGUGCAGUGUCCUGGAACAGAUAAAAGAAAAGCACAACUUGGAAAAAGUGAAGAAGAAACUUGUGAGAAAUGCUGCUUUUGGAAACUUUUUUGGAGUUAUGGCUCUGUUUCAGUCUGGCCGGCUUGUUAAGGACCAGAAAGCUCUUCUGGAGAGCAUCCAGCUUCUCCAGCAGCUGGCACAUCACCAAGCACACCUCAGAGAUCUCCCUCGCAAAACUCUGGUUGACAUCAUGUCUGAGGUUCCUGAAGCUGUGUUUGAGGAGGUCCUGUUUGGCAUCUUGCAAGGUGACCUGGCUUCAGCCUUUGCAUCUCCAGAGAACCUGCACCUUUUGCUUGUGGGCAUACAGAAAUUCCCUGGUGUUCUGAAACCUAAAAAUCUGAAGAAGCUGUUUGGCUCACCUACUGUUGUAAAUGAGAAAAAUAUUCCCAGACUUGUAGAGCUUCUGCAAAGUGCUGCCAAGUCUGAGAAGAAGGAGAAGAAGUUGCCCAGUGUAGUGUUUGAUUUGCUGCAAGUUUCACUGAAGGAAGAUGCCUUUGAACUGUUCUGGAAAGAAGGUGUGGAGGAUGGGCUGCUGAAAGAGAAAUCGGGACCUGUGAGUUACAUGUGCUACCGGUUGCUGGGCAGUGCUCUCCCCUUCUUGUCUCUGGAGCAGCUACAGGUGGUUCUCAAAGGGAAGGUGAUGCAGCACUACGGGGAGCACGUGGUAACGACCCAGCUUCCAGAUCGGUUUAAGUUUGCUCCAGAGAUGGAAGGAUAUGUGGAUGAAUUUCUGAGCGGCUGUGAUGACCUGGAGAGGCAGCUGGCAGUGAUCACUGGCUUCUCCACCCUCACCAAUCAAGGCUAUCCAGUGUUUUCCAGCUCUUCCAGGGUAGUCAGACACCUGCAGCCACUGGCAUUACAAAAUUACGUUGACUGGCUCAAAGAAAUGUUCCUCAGGCCAGACCUUGACUGUUGCUUGGACUUCUCAAGUAACCGCCAAAAACAGAACCAGGAGAAUGUGAACAGAGCACAACAUAAGAUAGCUCGACUAAGAAAAUGGAUCAUCCACCGGCUUGCUAACAUCAUUGAGAGUCCAUCAGCAAAAGAAGAGAGCCUUGUGAUGGACAUUUCCAGAUUUUGCUUCUUCCAUGCUUUCUUUGAGGCUAAGAAAAAGUCUUCCAAAAUACAUGAGGCACGUGUCCUUCCAUCAGAGCCUCUAGAUGAACAGACUCAUUCAGCAGUAGAAAACUACUUCUUUGGGUUACUUCAGACUUUAAACACCUUGACUGUUUUGGGGGAUACAGCAAAGGCCACAGCCUUGAGGGAGAAGCACAUCCAUGGUGUGACUGCAGAUGGGAAGCUGUGGAUUUUUCUCCUUGUUGAGUAUGCCAACAAGCUGCUCUCCAGUGAACAUGUCAAACCUCUGAAGCCAUUUACCAAGAGACAGAUGAAUGCCUGGGAGAGAACACUUCAGUCUGUGAACAAUCUGCAGAAGAAGGAAAAUAAAUCUGACAGUGCCAAAGUCGUUGCUUUCCAGCAGCUUCUGCUUCUGAUGGCCAUUCAUCUCUUCAAGAACCAGUCUGAGACAAUGGAUGUUCUGAGUGACCUUCUGAACUGCACAGAGAGGGCAUUCAGCGAAGAACCUAAGAAGAAAAAGACUGACAGUGCAGAGCCAGGGUGGGUUGAGGUGAUGGUGGAAAUCCUCCUCUCCCUCCUUGCCCAGCCCAGCCUCCUCAUGCGGCGCAUCUCCAAGAGCGUCUUUGUGCGGAUCUGCCCUGACCUGACCAAGAGGGGCUUGCAGCUCAUCCUGGAUGUUCUUGACCCAUACCAAGAGCAAGAUGAAGAAAGUGCUGUUGUUGUGAUGGAAGAAGCAGACAGAAAGAUCAAGUCUGCUCAGGACAUGGACGAGGAAGAAAGCCAGGACUCCUCAGUUGAAGGCGACACUGAGGAUGAGAGUGGAGAUGAGGAAGAGAAUGAAGAAGUGGAUGAUAAUUUUCGCAGUCAGCUGAUGAAUGUUCUCCAAGCAGGGAAUGCUUUGGGAGGAGAUGAGAGUGAUGAGGAGCUGGAUGACGAGGCCAUGAUGGCUCUUGACAAGAACAUCUCAGCCCUUUUUGCGGAGCAGCAGAAGCGGGUCCAGGCGAAGAAGGAUGAGAAGGACAAGAUGAGGAAAGAGAAGAUCCUGAGGAGGGAUUUCAAGAUAAAGGUGCUGGACCUGGUGGAAGCAUUCGUGGGUAAGCAGUCAGAGAACCCCUUGGUGUUUGAUGUCAUUGAGCCUCUGCUUCGGGUGAUUGAACAGUGCAUGACCUCAGACUCUGACAAGCAGGAGGUUGACUUCCUCCAGAAAACAGCCAAUAUCUUCAAGAACUCGCUGUGCCGAGCCAAGCAGUACUGCAGGAGGGUGGAAGCCCUGCAAGAAGAUUUGCAUGCUUUUGUGGAGAGGCUUGUGAAAAAAGCCUGCAAGCUCACAGACACUUCUGUGGCUCUCUAUUAUUUCAGUGCCUCAUUGUACCUGCUCAAAGUGUUGAAAGGAAGCACAUCUGAUAAGCCAUCAGCUCCUACCCCUCUGCCCCAGAAGCAGAGCAGCUCCAUCCCUCAGGCUUCUCAGCUUUUGAGCACAGGCUGUCUGAACGUGGAGAGGGUGGCAGGGAUCUACCGGCAGGCGCUGACGGCGUUCUUCACCAAACGCAAGAGUGGCCUCACCACAGCCAUGUUCCACGAGCUCUUCAGCCGCUUCCCGAUCAUGUGCAAGCCAUUAGUAGAUACACUCCUGAAGUAUAUCACAGCAGGAGCCAGGGAACAUCAGCAG